AUGUCGUCCAGCAUUGCAGUGUUCGCGCCGCAGGAACUGCGGUCUCGGGGAAUAAGGACCGAGUACUUGUUGGAGGGCUUCGCUGAUCCCACGGACGACCCGAUAUUGCUGAACGAGAAGACAGGGCGCCGCUACCUGACUCUCCGCUACGCAGGCCCUCACCUCAGCGUCGCCUUCCUCGAGAUCAGCGCCGACGGGCUCAGGCGCCAAGCGUCCGAUGCGAAGCAGUCCCUGAGCGAGGUGAGCACAACAGCCUCGGGGAACCCGGUUGUCGUCCGGCUCUACGCCACCAACACCGGCCACAGUCCCACGGUGGUCAGGGCUGUGAUACAUGGCUGCAGCUUCGGCUUCGGAUCCGCCAGUACCGACCAGGUUCCUUUGUCCCCGGGACAGAAGUUGCUCAUGCUGCUUAGCCUCCGGGUCGAAGGCAGCAUGCCCACCACUGACGUGUGGUGCACCGUGGCUCUUGAAAACGACGGCAAUCAUAUCAUCACGUCCAGGAAUGUGCUCAUCAGGCCGAAGGGUCACUGCCUCUGCUACCUGGACUGUCAAUGCAUGUGCCUAGGCGAGCUGGUGAUGUGCAAGGCGGAAAGUCCGGCAAACCGGGACAAGCGGAACACCAACAAAAUGCCUUCAGCGGCUCCCGUGCGGAAGCCCACGUCAGUGGUGACGACAAGCUCGUCUCACUUCUACAAGAUCCCAGAGCCCCUCUACACUGCCUCGGCGACUGAAGACGCGGCGGAUCCACUGUCCUGCGGCUUAUCGACAACAAUCGUCGUACUCGAAAUUCUUCUUAGCUUGGGCUUGGUCAAAGCAAUAGUUGGUCUUGCAAGCCCACCUGUAGCAAGAUGGGGCCUUCAAAAUUAUAUUGCGCAACUCGAGCACUCUCGUGACACUGAUUCAAAUGGUUCAUCAACUUACGAUGCACAUGAAAAGAGAAGAGUCGGUGCUGGGACAGUCUUCUGCAUGAAUGCAUUCUGCUUCUGCAUGCUGCCCUUCAUUUUCUGUGGGGGAAAAAAAUUUUAUCACACAAAGAGAGAAGAACUCGAGGACAAGAUUUUCGGUUUUGAUGCUGCGAGUCCACAAAGACUGCAAGGUCAAGUGGUGCCCACAUCUCACAUCAGAACUAUCUAGAUUGCCUUAUCAAAAGAUAAAGGCUGCCAUUUAUUUUCAAUAGUGCAAGCCUCAAGACACUAGCCAUUGGGCAAAAUGUACUUCCACAAUGUGAAUAUAUGCAGCUUUUACGCUAA